UUGGGUUGAACAUCACUGUAACAGUGUGAUACCAGAUCAAACCUUGGCAACUCAAGAAUUCUCAUCUGAAAUGUGGUCCUAAAUCCAUUGAUGGAUUUUGUAAAUCUUUUCACAGGAUAAAAAUGAGAAGGAAUUUGUCACCGGGAAUCUCAAACACAGUCCGCCAGUUUUGCUGUCUCUGUCUGGAUAUUUAAGAAGUGGAGCAAGGAUAUUCAAUCAACCAUCCUUCCUGCUCAGACUGUGGGGAGGGAUUUAUUCGGUCAUCUCAACUGAAGGUACAUCAGCAAGUUCACACUGGGCAGGGCCAUUCACCUGUUCUGUGUGUGAAAAAGGAUUCAGUUGGUCUUCCCGCCUGUGGACACACCAGUCAGUUCACACCACACCGGGCGGAGGCUGGUCAUCUGUUGAAUUUCUGGGAAAGGAUUCACUCAGUCAUUUGACCUAAUGGCUCACCAGCAAGUUCACACUGGGGAGAAGCCGUUCACCUGUUCAGUCUGUGGGAAGGGAUUCACUCAGGCAUCCAACCUACGGAGACAUCAGCGAGUUCACACCGGAGAGAAGCCAUUCACCUGUUCAGUCUGUGGGAAGGGAUUCACUCAGACAUCCAACCUACGGAGACAUCAGCGAGUUCAUACUGGGGAGAAGCCAUUCACCUGCUCAGAAUGUGGGAAAGGAUUCAGUGAGUUAUCCAACCUACUGGUACAUCAGCGAGUUCACACUGGGGAGAAGCCGUUCACCUGCUCAGAAUGUGGGAAAGGAUUCAGUGAGUUAUCCAGCCUACUGAGACAUCGGCGAGUUCACACUGGGGAGAAGCCGUUCACCUGCUCAGAAUGUGGGAAAGGAUUCCGUGAGUUAUCCAGCCUACUGAGACAUCGUCGAGUUCACACUGGGGAAAAGCCAUUCACCUGCUCAGAAUGUGGGAAAGGAUUUACUGAUUCAUCCACCCUACAGAGUCAUCAGCGACUUCACACUGGGGAGAAGCCGUACACCUGUUCAGAAUGUGGGAAGAGUUUUACUCAGUUAUCCCAAGUACAGAGUCAUCUGCGAGUUCACACUGGGGAGAGGCCAUUCACCUGCUCAGACUGUGGGAGCAGAUUCACUCAUUUAUCCAGCCUACAGAGACAUCAGCGAGUUCACACUGGGGAGAAGCCGUACAUCUGCUCAGAAUGUGGAAAGGGAUUCAUUCAGUUAUCCCACCUACAGAGUCAUCAGCGAGUUCACAGUGGGGAGAAGCCAUUCACCUGCUCAGUCUGUGGGAAGGGAUUCACUGAUCCAUCCAACCUGCAGAGUCAUCAUCGAGUUCACACUGGGGAGAAGCCGUUCACCUGUUCAGAAUGUGGGAAGAGAUUUACUCAGUCAUCCCAACUACAGAGUCAUAAGCGAGUUCACACUGGGGAGAAGCCGUUCAUCUGCUCAGUCUGUGGGAAGAGAUUCACUCAUUCAUCCACCCUACAGCGACACCAGCGAGCUCACACUGGGGAGAAGCCGUUCAUCUGUUCAGUCUGUGGGAAGAGAUUCACAGAGUCAUCCCACCUAUUGAGCCAUCAGCGUGUUCACACUGGGGAGAAGCCAUUCACCUGCUCAGUCUGUGGGAAGAGAUUCACUGAUCCAUCCAGCCUACAGAGUCAUCAGCGAGUUCACACUGGGGAGAAGCCGUUCACCUGUUCAGAAUGUGGGAAGAGAUUUACUCAGUCAUCCCAACUACAGAGUCAUCAGCGAGUUCACACUGGGGAGAGGCCGUUCACCUGUUCAGAAUGUGGGAAAGGAUUUACUCAGUCAUCCGACCUACAGAGUCAUCAGCGAGUUCACACUAGGGAGAAGCCGUUCACCUGCUCAGAAUGUGGGAAGGGAUUCACUCAAUCUUCCACCCGACUGAGACAUGAGCGUGUUCACACCGGUGAGAAGCCGUUCAAUUGCACAGAAUGUGGGAAACGGUUCACUCUGUCAUCCCACCUUCUGGAACAUCAGCGAGUUCACACUGGGGAGAUGCCGUUCCCCUGCUCAGAAUGUGGGAAGAGAUUCACUCAGUCAUCCCACCUACAGAGUCAUCAGCGAGUUCACACUGGAGAGAGGCCAUUCACCUGCUCAGACUGUGGGAGCAGAUUCACUCAUUUAUCCAGCCUACAGAGACAUCAGCGAGUUCACACUGGGGAGAAGCCGUUCAUCUGCUUCGUCUGUGGGAAGAGAUUCACUGAGUCAUCCAGAUUACUGGAACAUCAGCGAGUUCACACUGGAGAGAGGCCAUUCACCUGCUCAGAAUGUGGGAAGAGAUUCACUCGCUCUUCCACACUACAGAGACAUCAGCGAGUUCACCCUGGCUAGCAGCCUUUUACCUGCUGAGAAUGUGGGCAAGGAUUCACUCAGUCAUCCCAACUACUGGCACUCCAGUCAGUUGUUAUGAAUCCCUAGGUUUUGUUUGCUGUGGACUGUCAUUUUAAGAGAGAGAGAUUAAGAAGGUGAAUCAGUCUGAUUUGCAGCUUGUUUACAUCACUCCCAGCUUGUUUAGUUUUAGCUGAGGACACAGACACUCAGAGUCAGGAGAUGAAGGAGGAAAAAUGGAAGGAUCUAUACAAGGGAAAUAGGUGCCAAGGGUCACUGUUUGGAAUUUCCCUAUGCCCACAAAAGUGGGUUAAUUAUCGAUUCAGCGUACACAAAUGUGUGGUUGUCACGUCGUUUGAUCCGUAUGAGUGGAUCUGAUUUGGGGUAUCCUAUGAAGACCACUGAUGUGUUAACCCUUGCCUGUGUGUGGUGUGGUAAUUCAUUUGAAGACGAUACCCCUUGUGGCAAGUCACUUUGGGUGAUAAUUAGUAUGUGGAUUUGGAAGGAUGACAGAUAAAAUCUGCAGUGACUGUUCUCUUGUUUUACCACCAUGCAACCUGUGGAAUUCGACAUAAUUGCCUUCCCUUUACAUUUACCCUGGAUUACAAAUAUCUCUUUCAUCAGUUAUUCCAUGGCUGAACUGAACUUUCAUAAUUUACCAUCUCAAGACUCCAGACCUUGGUUCCCCCAUGCUCAGUAGUUUUGGAUUUAUACUUACACACAUAUAUAAACAUAACACUGUUAACUUUUGUUUAUCUUGCUUAAGUUACUAUAUUAUAAGUACAUUCUAAUAAAGGUAGUUUUAACAUCAAAAAUAGAUUCCUGCUGUAGUCUCCACGAGGAAAUCUGCAGAUGUUGGAAAU